UACCAUAGACCCAAAUUUAAUUUUACAAUUGAAAUGUCUUAGGACAUUAACUUUGAGUGGUAAUUCCAUCAAAGAACUCCCAGAGGAGAUUGGUGAAUUGAUACAUUUGAGGCAUGUUGAUUUAUCUUGCAAUAAUCAUUUGGAGAAAUUGCCGAACACUAUUUGUGGUUUGUACAAUUUGUCUACCUUGCGCCUUUGUUUUUGCCCUCAACUUAAAAAACUGCCUGAAAACAUGGGAAACUUGUUUAACUUAAAUCAUCUUGAGGUUUUCAUGUGUCUAACUCUGGCCUUGCCCAAAGGGAUAAGGAGAUUAACAAGUUUACAAACACUAGAUGUGUGUCGGUGUGAUGGCAACAACGAUGAAGCAUUCCAAAUUGGGGAUCUGAGAAAGUUGAACCUUGAGGAAAGUCUCACAAUACAACUUGUGGCAGAUGCGACAGAUAAGAGCGAGAUUGAGAAAGCACAAUUGUGGGACAAAAAGCUAUUUGAUCUCACCUUUGAAUUUAAAGGGCACACUCACAGUAGUAGUAGUGUAGAAAUACUGAAUGCCUUACGACCGCACCCAGAUUUGGAAUCUUUACAGAUUUGGUGUCAUAACGGCACCACCUGGCCCAAUUGGAUUCAGUCUUUACACAAUUUGAGAUUCCUUACCGUUGGUGAGGGGACACAGUGUGAACUUUGGCCUCUUGGGAGAUUGGAGUGCCUUGAAAGACUGACCCUGUCGUGUAUGAAUGGAGUGAGAAAGGUCGGUAUUGAAUUUUUGGGAUUAGAAGAUCAAACCUCAUUCAGAAUCAGAGCACCCCAGAUAUUAUUCCCAAAAUUGAAACAACUCAGCUUUUUCUAUAUGGAAGAGUGGGAAGAGUGGGAAGGAGUGGAAGAGUGGACGAAAGAGGAUUCUGAAAUUACAAUCAUGCCAUGCCUUUCUGAGUUAACAAUUGAAGUGUGCAAUUCGCUAAAAGCACUGCCAGACUUCCUCUUCAAAACACCACUGCAGAGUCUUCACAUCUUAUACUCUCGGACACUUGCAGAGCAUUACCAAGAAGGCAAUGGAGAGUGGGCCAAGAUGUCUGCUAGGAUCCCAAACAUCCGCAUUUCCUCCAGAUUAUGAAAACAUCUGUCUCGGCGGCAUAUAUAAUCUUGAGAUGGUGAAUCGCUAGAGACUCUAUGGAAGCGAACUGAGUGAUUAUUUUCACCACUGCCUUGACAAAGACAUGGUGAAUUUGGAAGGUCAACUGAGCUUGAUGAUUGCCCUCAUUUUUUUGUUUUGUAAACAGAAACUUUGUGAAUUUGGUGUGUUGAUCAUUUGCAAAACUUCCCUUGUGUCAUUAAUUCGUAAAAUGUACUCUGAGGAACUGGUGAAUUUGGGUUUUAUUGUGUA